AUGUCUCCUUACCAACUAGUAUAUGGAAAAGCUUGCCAUUUGCCACUGGAGUUGGAGCACAAGGCAUUCUGGGCCUUGAAACUCUUGAACUUGGACAGCAAAGCUGCUGGAGAAAGAAGGAUGUUGCAAAUUCAAGAGUUGGAAGAAUUCAGAGCUGAAGCUUAUGAGAAUGCCAAAAUUUACAAAGAAAGAGCAAAGAAGAAGCAUGACAGCAACAUAGCCCCAAGGAAAUUUGAAGAGGGACAAAAAGUAUUACUCUACAAUUCUAGGCUGAAGCUAUUUCCAGGGAAGCUAAAAUCAAGGUGGUCUGGACCAUUCCUUGUCACCAAG